AUGUGUCAAAAAUUCUAACCUAACAAUAUUGCAGUCAAUUUAAAAAAUGCCAUACAAAUAUAUUGGAAGGAAAACGGACUUCAGAGGAAAAACCCUCUGGGAGAUCCUGGGAAAUCUGAAGAAUUUCGGCGUGGGUCGCAUAGUGACGAGGAGCAUCCAAGAACGAUACCCAGAACCAUCUUUCAUGAAAAUCGUCAAAGUGGAAGCUCUUCCGAACCCUGCAGAAGCUGGUCCCGACAACCUGAGGAAGGUCAGAGUUUUUGUGGAGAAGACCUUCCGUGGUGUGAAGCAACCCAAAUUGAUUGCCCUAGAAUCUACCAGUUACAAGGCCGAUUACCAGCUCGUCCCUAAACGUGAGGAGGAAGCUUACCUGAAGCUGCAAUCUGUCAGUGCUGCGGUGAGGGUGUUACCCAAGUACAUGGCUUUGCCACCUUUGAUGAGAGAGGUGGAAAUGCAGGAGAUGAAUGCCAAAGGGAAGGAAUUCGUUGAACCGAAAAUCGAAGUUGUGUAUAAGAAAAACAACAGCAAUUACAAGAUUUCUGAGGAGAUGAUCCUCGCCUACGGUUUGGGGAAACCAGUGACACCGAGUUUAUACAAAGAUGUAGAAUUGUAAAUUAUAUAUAAUAGUUAUAGUUAUUAGUCAUGAUUAAAUU